GAAUUUCGGAACCCUGAUGUGGUAGAGCUCGUGAUUUCAAGUGAAGGUGUGCGAGAGCCGAUCGGUGGAUUGCAGACUGUGUUUUGCUCACUUUUGUUUAGGGUUUGUGUGUUUGAAUCGGUCGCUUCCCUUUCGUGACAAUGUCGAGUGCAGCAGCGUCGACAGUAGCACAGGCGGCUGCUCCUUACUGGAGAACCGCAGGCAUGACCUAUCUUUCUUACGCCAAUACAUGCGCAGCCAUGGUUCGCAACUGCUUGAAGGAGCCGUUCAAGUCCAAGGCGCUCCAGCGGGAGCAUGCGUACUACAAAUUCCAGCCCUACGCAGAAGGCGCUCCACAGAAAGCAGUGGUGCGAGAGACUGGCGCGCCGUCUACGAGUUAGGAAGGAGCGGGAGUGGGUGAAUUUCUUUGACAUCUAGAUUUCGUGUCCAAUCUCCUCGCAGAGUUGGUGAAUAAAGUUGCAUCUAUUAGGAUAGAUCAUUGUUAAUGUGUGCACCAGGAAUUGGGUCGAAGGCUAGUUUUCGAACCUGAUAUUGCAGAUUUUUAAUCGCAAAAUCAUGUUUCUCGUCAACAAAGGUUGGAAAACCCUUGAUUGGAACCUUAGUGCCCAGUUGGAAACAUGCAUUUUUUACUUUGAUCUGGCUUAUCGGAAAUGUCUAACUUGUUUAAGAGCUGGUAAUUGUAAGCCAGAUGAAAUCAUCUUACAUUAGGUCAGAUUGCACCUCUAUCCCCAUCCCCCUGUUGGUAGACCCCUCGAUUUGCCUGCAGUUCAAUUUCACUGAAAUGCAGACCUAGGUUGUUGUGA